AUGUCUGUUAAUACAAAUGAAGAGUUUGACCUGGAUCUCUUGAUCCAGCAGAUCGGACCUUUUGGGAAAUAUCAGUUGUUGAACUACCUCUUGAUCUGUAUUCCGGUAACCUUGACCGCAAUGUAUAGUCUGGCUUUCGUCUUCACAGCUGGUGAUCUUGAUUAUCGGUGUCGGAUUGCUGAAUGCGAUCCAGACAAUCCUAAUCUUCAUGCUACUUUUCUGAAUUUCACUACCCCAAUAGAUGGGGAUAGGUUCUCCAUGUGCCAGAAGUUCCAGCAUAUCCCCAAUGGAACAGUUGAGGAUCAGUGUCAAGUCGAUCUCUUUGAUCACAACAAAGUAGAAGAUUGUUCAGAUUUUGUAUAUCAAGAUGACGAGACGACCAUCCUCAGUGAAUGGGAUCUAGGGUGCAGUGAAGAAUGGAAGCUCUCCCUAGAUGGUAGCAUUAAUAAUGUCGGACAAGUUGUAGGGCUAGCCCUUUCUGGUUACAUAUCAGAUAGAUUUGGAAGACGAACGGUCUUUAUUUUAAGUUGCUUCUUUGCUGCGCUACUUGGUAUUAUACGAUCCUUUUCAACCUCUUACCAAAUGUUCAUGGUUUUUGAAUUUCUGGAACCAGCUCUAAGCGUGGGAGCUUUCAAUUCUGCAUUUAUUCUCGGGAUGGAACUUCUUUGUCCGGAAAGAAGAUUUCUCGGGGCCUUCUUCAUUACUGCCUUUUUUGCUUUGGGUGAGGCUCUCUUAGGCCUUUUGGCAAUGGUUACGAGAGACUGGAGACUUUUACUACAGGUAGCCUAUGCCCCUACUUUCAUAUUCGUAAUCUACCACUGGAUCAUUCCUGAAAGUGUCAGAUGGCUACAAAGCAUGAACCGCACUAGGGAUGCAGCUAAAAUCAUAGAAUCCGCUGUGAAAAUGAACAAGAGCGAAUUGACACCCGAAGCUAAAGCUAUGCUUACCCAAGCCCUACAGAAAGAAUAUUAUCUAAACAAGAGCGAAAAACUGCACGAAAAAGAAAGAGAUUCCAACGAAUAUCGUCUGAUGUUAGUGUUCAAAUCCAAAAUUCUUCUAUUAAGGAUCCUCAACUGCUGCUUCUGCUGGAUAUCUAUAGGUUUUGUUUACUAUGGCCUAACCAUGAACUCAGUUUCUGUAGCUGGAAAUAAGUAUGUAAAUUACAUCCUGAACUGCUUGACGGAGAUUCCAGGUGGAGCACUAUCUUGCAUUCUUAUGGAAAAGAUUGGAAGACGAAAAGUUCUCUUAGUUAGUCUUACCCUUAGUAGUGUCUGUUGUAUAGCCUACAUUUUUCUUCAAAAUGCACCUGAGGCUGCACAACUGGUAGUGUUCCUCAUAAGCAAAUGCCUUGCUACAAUGUCUUACAUUGCAGUUUAUGUCUACACGACUGAACUCUUUCCAACAGAACUUAGGCAUACCCUAGUGUCAGUUUGUGGGAUGAUCGGAAAGGGAAAGUAUUUUGAAUCACUGCCGAUGAUUCUAUUCGCUUGUGCAGCCCUUCCUGCAGGAAUAUUAAUACUUUUUGCACCUGAAACUCACAGAAAAACACUCCCAGACACCAUUCAAGAGGCUGAAGAUAUCGGAAGAAGAUAGAACGCUGUUAUCAGUAAACAAA